AUGCAACAGAUGAUGGACGAAAUUUCGAAAAAUCCAAAAGCAAUGGCAUUUUUACAAGCUAUUAAAAAAGAUCCGAAAAUAAUGCAUGCUGUACAAGAUUUAAUGAUGACAAUGAGUAAAAAAGGUUAUAUUGACUUGAAUAAUCCAACAAAACAGCCAAAUUUUGCAAUGCUUGCAGAUAGUGAAAUUCGUAAUAAAUUACUUGAACUUGUAAGACUAUUGGCUGCUGCUGGUGUUUUCAAUGCUAAAGAUGGUGCCAAUCCUAUGAAUGCUUUAUCUAACGUCAUGGGUCUUUUGAUGCCUCCAUCAUUGAAAGAUAAGAAAGGUGAUCGUCUAGAUCAAAUCAAACAGGGUUCUUUACCGAAGUACGAUUAUACAUAUGAUGCAACAAGAAAAGAAAAAAAUGUACAGACUAAUGAUACUACAUCACAAGGAUGGGCCGAUAAAUUGAAAAAGAUGUUCAAAUAA